AUCCAUUUUUCCAUAAAUGUUGGCCCUAGAGGCUUGAUCACUCGGCUCAGAAGUUCUGGUGCGAACAGACGUCAGAGAUCGUGAUUAAACUUCGAACUGGACAAUAUGGCUUCGUACAACAUGGUUCUUCUGAUCAUUGCUUUCAUUGCAACGGCUUCUGCUGCCAUCUUAAACCAAAGGGAACUAUCACCAGAAAACAAUCCGUGUUACGGUUAUAAAUGCAAAUCCCCGGUUGGUUCGAUGUGUGAGGUAGUCGAGAAGGGAAAAAAGUUGAAGCCAUCUUGUGUCUGUCCCGAUGAGUGCCCCUCUGAAGUCGCUCCUGUGUGCAGUGUUUAUGGAAAGCAGUAUGACAACCUAUGUCUUCUGCAUAAGACUGCUUGCCAGAAGAAGAGAGCCAUUCCUUUGGCGUUUUUCGGCGAAUGUGUCGCAAAGACAACACCAUGUACUCAGUCUGAGCUUGAGGACUUCCCACAUCGCCUUUUGGAGUGGUUCCUCCAUCUGAGAGAAGUUGAUGAAUUUGGACAGAUCAAUCCCAAUAACCACGUCCGCAAUAUUCCAGUCCAACAGAGAAUUGAGCUUGCUGAGUGGAAAUUCGAACUCUUAAACAGAAAAGACGGCGAUGACAAACUGGAUCGUCGAGAUCUGAGAGAAUUCCGCUACGCACUGAUGCCCCUUGAGCACUGUGCUGACAACUUUUUCAAAAUGUGCGACAAAGGCGAUGAUGUCAUCACACUCGAUGAAUGGAUCGAAUGCUUGGGAGUCGAUGAUUUCGAUACAGUAUCAACAUCAACACUUCCAAAAGUUGAUGGCGGUGAAAAGCCAGACUUCCCAGAAGGCGAACCAGAUGAUGAAAUCUAGAUGAAGCGAGAGACCUAAACAAUUAGGAUUCUGUAGUGCCUGCCUGUGGAUAAUCACCUCACUCAUUCAAAUUGGCUGUAAAGUUAUUCCUUUGAAUCAUUUAUAUGUAUUGUUUUUCAAACAAAAUUUAGACGGUCUUAACUACCAUUACCAUUUAUCAGACGAACUGUCACAACCAAUACACAUCUUCAUUGCCUAUAGAAUUGUUUUAUACUGUUUUCAUUUCUACAACUUCCGAAUCAAAUAACAAUCACUAUAUCUAUACAGUUCUCCUGAAUUAUCAUUUUUAUAUGAUUUAUCAAUAGAAUACAAAAGUAAAUUAGUAACUUAGGUGGUACAGUACUUUCCAGCUGGAUUUGGAUUUUAUUUUGAAUUAUUUCCAAACAUAUUGGUGCUAUUUUAUUUUUUGUAUCAGAUUUUUAAUUUUUUAGGACCUGUAUAAUGCUAGUAUAGAUCUAUUUUGUUUAUCCACCAUUUUCUUAUGUCAUAUAAUAGGUAUGACUGUCACAUUCAAACAUUUUAAUAAACUGCCACAUUUAGACAUCAUUUUAAUAAACACACCAAUCCCCACCCCACCGUUAUUAUAUUUUAUGUAGAGUAAUUAAUCAUCAUAAGAUUAGCGUAGUAAUAAAUGUGUUACAUAGAGUAUA